AUGGAUAUUGCUACUCCAAAACUACAUCGCAAGCCUCAGGCUGGCCCAAAAGCUGAACGGAAAAAGGCCAAUCAGCCCAACAAAAAUGCUGCCAAAAACAAUCCAAGAGCAUUUACCUCCCUCUCCAGUCGUAAUGCCGAUAAAGCAAUCAGAAGAAACUCGGAAAAGGAUCAGAAAAAAUUACAUGUGCCUUUGGUAGAUCGAAGUCCUGUUGAUGCGCCUCCAUUUAUUGUUGCUGUUGUUGGUCCUCCAAAGACUGGCAAAACAACUCUUAUCAAAUCGCUUGUCAAGAAAUAUACCAAGCAUAAUUUGAAUGAGAUUCAUGGACCUAUUACAGUCAUUAGUGGCAAAAAGCGGAGAUUGACUUUUCUCGAGUGCAACAACGAUGUCAACUCCAUGAUCGAUAUUGGCAAAGAAACAUUUGAAUUUUUGAAUAUCCUGCAGGUGCAUGGAUUUCCCCGAGUCAUGGGUGUUUUAACUCAUCUUGACAAAUUCAAAGACAACAAGCGUUUGCGCAAAGUCAAAAAACGUUUAAAGCAGCGUUUCUGGACAGAGAUUUAUCAAGGUGCUAAACUGUUUUACCUCUCGGGUAUCAUCAAUGGACGCUAUCCAAAAACCGAGAUACUCAAUUUGUCUCGUUUCAUUUCUGUCAUGAAAUUCCGACCUUUGAUUUGGCGCAACACCCAUCCGUACAUGCUGGCUGAUCGUAUGGAAGAUAUUACCGAUCCUGAUGUGGUGCAUAGUAAUCCAAAAUGCGAUCGAACUGUUACUGUAUAUGGGUAUCUUCGUGGAACCAACUUGAAAAAAAACUCCAAGGUGCAUAUUCCUGGUGUGGGCGAUCAACAUAUUCUUAAUAUUUCAAUCUUGGACGAUCCAUGUCCUAUUCCAGACAAAGUACGAAAAAAACUUAGCGACAAGCACAAGCUGUUGUAUGCUCCCAUGAGUGAUGUCGGCGGUAUUUUAUACGACAAGGAUGCCGUGUAUAUUAGCGUUCCUGGUGCAUUUUCAAAACCUAAUCACGACAAUGGAAGCGAUGAGCCGUUUGUGCCUGCUGGGCCAGGUGAACAGAUGGUUUUGGAUCUGCAAGAUGCACCUUCAACUCUUGCUGAUCGUGUCAAGUCUAGUCAAAUGCAAAUAUUCAACGAAUCUCAGCCGUUGCUUGCUGAAAACUCUGAGCUACUGUUGAAUCAAUCAGAGGAUGAAGAGGAUCAAAGUGACUACAGUGGUAUGUCUGAUGAGAAUGAAGACGAGGAUGACGAUGAUGAUGACGACGACGAUGAUGACGAUGACGACGAGGAUGAUCAAGAGGAUGUUUCUAAUUCGUUUGGCCAUCAAAGACGUCGUGUAGCUCGUGGCUAUGCAACUGCAUAUGCCGGUGAAGAUGACGAAGCUGAUGGUUCUGAUCAUGACAGUCAAGAUGACGAGGAAGACUAUGAUGCCGAGGUUGGUAUAGAUGCAGAUGGCUCUCUUAAAUGGAAGGGAAAUCUCCAAGCAAAAGCCGCUUUGAAUUUCAGCAAACUUCGUCGAUUCAAUCUGUUUGAUCAUGUUUAUAAUCCAGAGAAAUGCGAAACUGCAGAAAACUCGACCAUCUUGUCACACGAAACUGCUUUUGACAAGCAAUCCAAGGGAUCGACAACUCCUUCAAAUAUUUCGCAUGAAGAUGGCUGGUUCAAUGUCCGUCGUCACACCCCAAAAGUUGAGAUAUCGCCAGACCUUUUGGAUAUGUGGUCAGAAGAAGAAUUUCUUGACAGUAUUCGGGAUCGUUUUGUGACGGGUGUAAAGCCCAAAUCAGAUGAGAAUGCAGACGAUAUGGAAAAGGCUGAUGAAAACAGCGAUGAAGAAGUUUAUGACGACUUUGAGGAUCUUGAAAAUCCUAAUGCAUCUGAAAAUGACAAGACAAAGCCGGUUAGUAGAAGCGGCUCAGGUGGCUCUGCUCCUACCAAAUCGCGAUCUACAGCAGGAAUUAAUCCUGAUAUAAUGGAUAUUCAGAGUGAGCGUGAAGCGAAUGCCAAGCGAAAGGAAGAGUUGAUCAAAAAGAAAUUUGAUGCAGAUUUCGAAGGGCAAGGCGAAGAUGAAGAGGAUGAUGGAAACCUGUAUGAGAAUGCAAAGCAGCAGAUGGCCCGUCAACAAGAGAUGAAUCGAGCAGAAUUUGAAAACGAGGAUGCGGAAACCCGUGCUUUACUAGAAGGAUAUACUGCUGGGACCUAUGUGCGUAUUGUUCUUGAAUGCAUGCCCUGUGAAUUUGUGCAAUCGUUUGAUGCAGAUUAUCCCAUUAUUGUUGGUGGUUUGCUUUCUACAGAACUCAGCUUUGGAUUUAUUCAAGUUCGUAUUAAAAAGCACCGAUGGGCCAAAAAGAUUCUUAAAACCAAUGAUCCACUGAUUUUUUCACUUGGAUGGCGACGAUUCCAAAGUAUUCCUUUAUAUUCAUUGAAUACGGAUGCGACACGGAAUCGCAUGCUUAAAUAUACACCAGAGCAUAUGCAUUGUCUUGCAACAUUUUUUGGUCCAGUAACACCACAAAAUACUGGCUUUUGUUGCUUUCAAUCCGUGUCGGAUAAAACUGCUGCAUUCCGGAUAAGUGCCACGGGUGUGGUGCUUGCUGUGGAAAAAACAACAGAAGUGGUCAAGAAACUCAAAAUCACUGGAACACCUAUCAAGGUAUUCAAAAACACGGCGUUCGUAAAAGACAUGUUUUCUAGCUCUCUUGAAGUGGCCAAGUUUGAAGGUGCUAGUCUGCGUACGGUCAGUGGCAUUCGUGGUCAAGUCAAGAAAAGUAUUAGUAAGCCUGAAGGCGCAUUUAGAGCUACAUUCGAGGACAAGGUUCUCAUGAGUGACAUUAUCUUUUUGCGUGCAUGGUAUCCUGUUAAACCCAAAAAAUUCUACAAUCCUGUCACAUCAUUACUAUUAUCGGACAAGCUUGCGUGGAUGGGAAUGCGAACAACUGGACAGCUACGCAAAGAUCUAAAUGUACAAUUGGUACAUAAUAAGGAUUCGUUGUACAGACCAAUAGUGCGACCUGAGCGUAGAUUCAACAAGUUGAAAAUCCCCAAAGAAUUGCAAGCAAGACUUCCAUUUGCAUCCAAGCCCAAGCUUUUGGAAAAGCAGACUGAACCCAGUUUUCUUCAACGCCGUGCGGUUGUUAUGGAGCCUCAUGAACGUAAAGUAGCUACUCUUAUUCAGGCCAUUAAUACAAUCAAAAAUGACAAGCUUCAGAAGCAAAAGGCUAAACAGAUGGAAAAAAGAGCAGAGGCAGCCAAAAAGCAAGCCAAAAUUACUGAAAUGGAUCGAGUAAUGGGACGCGAACGAAGCAAAGAGUUUCAUCGUGAGCAAGGUAAAAAGCGUGCAAGAGAAGAAGCUGUUAAAGCCAGAUCUACUGGUCGUAAACCAAAAAAAUCCAAGAGUGAUUAA